UGGCAUCAUUUGAGAAACUUGAAGGCAAAAUGGUGAGAUUCCAAAGUGAACUAGUUAUGCAUUAACCACAUGGAUAUGAGUGAUUGACUAUGAGAAAAACAGAAUCCCAGCGUGGACACGAGAAUUAAGGUGUGAUAACUUUGAUCUAAAGUGAUCAUUAUUAAAAGUAGGAAGAAAUUGAUUGAUUGGGAAGGUCUAGGAACACUGAGGAAAAAGGAAGGACAAAAACAGAAGAGGAAGAACCACAAAGGUUCAGUUGGGGAAAAAGACUCCAGUUGGCGGCGGCAUUGGUCUUGCAUGGACUUGCUUCCCACUAAAAGUACAUCAUUUCUGUCUGUCAAUGUAUAGAGUUAAUAAUGCUUUUGUAAUGGAUUCAUGUUAAGACAGUUUGAAUAUUUGGAAUCCGAUGCCUCCGCCACAGCUGGUUCCCUCAACGAUAGCAUCUGCAUCUCCAUGAUGCUUGGUUUGAACGAUCGCAAUUACCUUAGAUUGUCCGAUUGCUCAUCGGUCGACAAUUCUGGUGUCCCAACCUUGUCUGAUGAGAAAAAGGUGAACCUGAAUUUGAAAGCUACAGAGUUAAGGUUUGGCCAUCCUGGAUCCCAGUCGCUUGAAAGGGAUCUGGAUCUUUUUUCUUUAAGCUCAACUAAGCUUGAUGAGAAACAGCUGUUCCCUUUGCUUCCAACUUUAGAUGGAAUUUGCUCAUUGUCCCAGAAGACAGUGGUUUCAGGAAACAAAAGAGGUUUCACCAACACAAUGGAUGUGUUCCCUGAGGUGAAAAGUUUAAGUAUUGGUUUUCCUACUGUUAAAGGGAUGUUCAUUCAUACUGUUUCUGAUACUGAUUCUUGAGAAUCAGUGAUGCAGGUAAAAUAUAAUAGUAAUAGGCAUGUAAACAUACUGCUCUCGCCUAGACCUUCUAAAACUCAACCUGCUACAGUUAAAGAUAUAUCAAAUAAAGUGUUACAAGAGAGCUCUUGUGCAGCAAAUGGAACUGGAGCUCCCGUCAAUGGCAGAGCAUCGGCUUCUAAGUAAGUAGGAAAUGCUACAGAUUACGAGACCAUUAUUGACAUACAAAGCAUACCUUAAAUUUAAAGCUAAAGCUAAAGCUAAAGCUAAAGCUGUUUGGUAAUUGUUGGUAUUUUCUAGCUUAGAAGGGUUUAUGGUUUGUUUGAUGGAAUGAUAGAAUGAGUUAAGCACGUGAGAAGCAAUUGUUCAAUUCCGAAUGGCUCAGAUGAAUUCCUAGAACAGACCUUACGAUGAUCUUGCAUGUAAUUUACC